AUGACCCAGCAAACGGCGCCGGAUAUGCUAUCAUCACUCCCAGUCGAGCUGUUGACCAAUGUGGUCGAUCAACUCAGCUGGAUCGACUACAUGGCUUGCCGACUCACCUGUAGGCGCAUUGAGGCGGUCACGUCCCCGUCCUUCUCCCGCGAUGCAUUUACAACAUGCUGUAUCAUACGCACGCCUGAGAGCAUCCAGACACUCAUUGACGUAUCGAAAUCACGCAUGAGUUCUCAUGUCAAAACCCUUGUCGUCUCGACGGAAGUUCUCUGUUUCCCUAAUGAGUCUUUCAGUGACCAAGACGCCUUCAUUUCAACUGGGUGUGACAGAGAAAUGCUCACCGAAGCCCUUCAAAAUCUGCAUUCGAUCCAGACGGUCCAGCUGCGUACCAUAUCUCCUUCUCGUUCAGUAAAUAUGUCAGCAACGCCUCGAGAUCCGUCUCUGAAGCGGAGAAGCUUUGGGAUGAAGAAGAUUAUUUUUGAGCAAGAAAAGAUGAUGGGAUCAGAUGGGAAGAUAUUACGUCCAACUUUGGCAGGAAACUCCCAUUUCAACAGGCUCGGCUUCCACUCUACACUUCUCGCUCUGGGCAAGGCCAAUGCUCGCCCGAAAGGACUAAGCAUUUUCGGCAUGGGAAGUACCCGCGAUCCUAUAUCACUACGCAUUCCGCGGUGCAUUGCACUGUCAGCAAUUCCGGUCCUCGCGCGGCUGGAGAAGCUUGCUCUAGAUGUUUGUCCCGGCACUCAUAAAGGUUCAGUCUCGAACCCAGCCUACCCGCGGGUGGAAAAUCGAGUGGUUUCGACCCAUGAUCUGCGCAGCUUUCUGCAGCAUGUGCCUCGCCUCAAGUCGCUUUGCCUCUUCCUCAACUGUUUUGAGAAUCAGGGCGAUGGAUUCGUUGAGUGGUUGGGGUCGGAUCCGCCUCCUGAGGGGCUCGCUUUGGGUUUACAGCCCAGACCAUCCCCGGCAAUCACCUUCAACUACCUUCAAGCACUGACCAUCUGCUUUAUCCGGGGAGUGCGCGUGCAGGCUAUGCUUUCUGUCUUGCGCAAGUUUGCACCGACACUGGUGAUAUUGCAGCUUGAAGGUGUGCAUCUGGAAAACAGUCUGUCAGAUCACGCGUCGCCGCCCAGUGCUCCGGGCAGCGUUUGGGCUGAACUCUUGGAACACAUCAAAGCCGAACCUAGUCACAAGCUGUGGAAACUGAGUCUUUUAGAGCUGAUGGAAACCGACCACGCCAGUCCCGCGCCUCUUGAGUCUCGAGCGCUCCGCGAGGUGACGUUCGCCGUGGGACAAAAACAGUACGAGAAUUGUAGCUAUGAAGGUCGUGAGAUGGGGAAGGCGGUCGAAGGCAUGGUACGUUUGCUCAGAGGUGACAGUUCCUGGACUCCCAGCUUCCGGGACGGAAGGUUCGAAGUUACAGGAAUCAAAGCCUAG